AUGACUUAUAACAACAACAAUAAUAAUAGUUCACCAUCAACUCCUCAUCAAUCUUCUUCAUUUUCUUUCUCCUCCUUUGACACCUCUUAUUCUUCCUCUUCUUUUUCCACUUCUUUGCCUUAUUCUUUUCCUUCUUCUACCACUUCUUCCGCCGCCGCCACCGUCAACACUAUUACCACGACCACAAACUCUACAAAUUCUACGAAUUCACCAAAUAUUACUGAAGAUAUUAUUGAAAUUACGGAAAUUAAUGAUAUUACUACUUCAACAACAAAUAUUACUACUUUCUAUUUAGAACAAGAUCAAACUGCUGCCAUAGACUCUACUACAAUCAACUCUACUACCAUCAAUUUAAUUUUAGAUGCCCUACCACGAAGACAAAAAUUAAAAUAUUCAGGUGAUAUGUAUACUCCACAAUGGGUUCGUUAUUUUGGACAUUCUAAAGAAGGUUAUUGUGAUGAUUGUAAACCUGGUAAAUGGUUACAAUUGAAAAAUAGUGCUUAUUGGUAUCACAAACAAUUUUAUCAUGGAAUUUCAUCGGUAUCUGGUAAAAUGUUUGUUUCGCCUUUAGAAACACGUAAAAUUGAUACCGGAGAUUGUACUGAAGGUUUUUGUCAUCAAUGUAAUCAAUGGAUUCCUAUUACUACUUGUAAGAAAAAAAAUUCAAUGUUAUGGUAUCGACACGCUCAUAAAUGUCAUGUUUAUAUGAAACCAAAAAGUAUUUCUAAUCAUAAUAAUUGUAAAAGGAAUUAA